AUGCAUACAAAUUUCUUGAUUAUUGCGUUCGAUGGCAAAUGGACAGCAGAUUACAAGUACUUGGAUCAUAAAACGAAGCUCCUCCUGAUAAAUGAUGGGACUUCAUUUGAAGAAUUCCUUAUAAAAUUUUUUGAAAUUAUAGAGCUUGACAACAAAAAGUUUCAAGCAAAUGUAUGGCUUAAUAUCAACCUAGGUACUUCUAAGGGAAUAGAAGUGACAAAAGAUGAAGAUCUUAUUAUGUGUAUGAUUCUUUUAAAAAAUGAUCCAUACUAUAAAGAUUCGAAAUUUGUUGUUGAAAUAUCAGAAAAACCAGAUGAACAACUAGAAGGUAAUGCAAUAAUGGAAAUUGAUAAUCAACAGUUAUUGCACAGAAACACAUAUGGUCCGGAAGAGCAAGUGUUGCUGAUAUCUCAAGUUGAAGAAGAGCAGGAGAAUCCAAUUUAUAAUAUUACAAUGGAAAAAGAAAUUGUAACUCCUGUGGAAGAUCAGCACAUUGAAUCACUACAAAGUAUUGAAGGAAGAAAAAGGAAAGGAAAAGGAAAGGCAAAAGAAUCUCCAUCAAUAAUAUUAAAGGAAAAUGCAUCACUGGAUGAUGUAAAACUUGGUUCUGUUUUUCAAGAUAAAAAUGCCAUGAUUAGAUAUUUUUGCUUAGCAGCUAUAAAGGAGCAUUUUGAGUUCUAUGUUAACAAGUCAAGUAACACGAGAUACUCUUUGGUAUGUACUGAUGAAAAGUGUACUUGGACUGUUCGAGGUUCAAGAAUUAAGGAAUCAACACUUUUUAAAAUAGUUAAAUUUCAGAGAACACAUGAGUGCUCAGUUGAUAUUCGAAAAUCAGAUCAAAGGCAAGCAACUUCAAAUGUGAUUAGAGAUUACGUGAUUGACAACUUAAGAGACAUAGCUACUGAGGUAAAACCUAAGUUUGUCAUUUCAGAGAUGAAAAGAGCACAUGGAAUUGAUGUUGGUUAUGGAAAAGCAUGGCAUGCUAUUCAAAAGGGGUUAUCUUUGUUAAGAGGAACAACUGAACACAAGUAUGAGCAGCUGCCAUCAUAUUUGUAUAUGAUGGAACAAAAAAAUCCAGGAUCAUAUACAAAUAUUGUGAGAGAUGAAGAAAACAGGUUUGUUUACAUGUUUUUUAUGUAUGGGGCGUCAAUUUCUGGGUGGAAGUAUUGUAGACCACUGAUUGCUGUUGAUGGAACAUUUCUAAAAAAUAAAUAUAGAGGUGUUCUAUUAGUGGGUGUUACCAAAGAUGCAAAUAACCAGAUUUUUCCUAUAGCUUUUGGAGUAGUGGAUAAAGAGAAUAAUGAAUCAUAUGAAUGGUAUUUCAGGGAAUUAAGAAAAGCAAUUGGGAUUCGUAAUGAUUUAAUGUUCUUGUCAGAUCGACACAAGGCUAUUGCAAAUGGAAUUGCAAAGGUUUUCCCUGAGUGCUACCAUGGAAUUCGCAUCUAUCAUUUAGAAAAGAAUCUGAAGCAAAGAAGAGUGAGAAACACUGUGAUAAAUCUCUUUCAAAGUGCUGCAAGAGUAUACCUUCAAUCAGAAUUAGAUGACUUCAUGUCCCAAAUAGCUGUUGUUGAUAAGAAAAUUUUCAAUUAUUUGAUGGAGGAACCGCCAGGAAGGUGGGCUCGUUCACAUUGUCCCAGAAGAAGAUAUGAUAUGUUAACAACAAAUAUCGUUGAGUCAAUGAAUAAUGUUUUAAGACGUUCAAGAGAAUUGCCAAUUUUAACAAUGAUGGAUUUCAUACAAGAAAAAUUGCAAAGCUGGUUCUAUGAAAGAAGGACACUUGUAGAAGGAAUAUUCCGUGAUAUAUCAAAUUGGGCAGAAGCAACAUUGGAAGCAAAAAUCCAACCAGCUUUUACAUUUAGAGUAUUGCCCAUUGAUAGACUCAAAUUGAAUGUCAAAGAAGGUGGUAUGGAAUUUAUUGUUGAUCUAGACAAAAGAACAUGUGAUUGUUCUGAAUUUCAGCUAGAUGAGAUGACAUGUGAACAUGCAAUUGCUGCAAUUGAGAGUAUACAUCAAAAGAAAUCGGCCUUUCGCUCAGCCUAUUUUUCAAGGGACUUUUGGUUGAAAACGUAUGAAGGGCAAGUAAAUUCUGUAGGUGAUGCAACAACAUGGGUUAUACCAGACACUAUUAAAUCAGAAAUCACUAAGCCUCCAGAUGCCAAAGUACUGCUAGGAAGAAGACAGAAGAAUCGACAUGUUUCCGGUACAGAAUUCAAGAAGGAACCAAGAUGUAGUCGUUGCAAAAAAUAUGGGCAUACCAGAACAAAUUGCACAAAUUCUGUUGUAGUUCAUCCUUAUGCAAGAAAAUAUAGGAAAAAAAUGAUUGAAUAUAUACAAUAA